CGGCUUAAAGGCGACGCGUGGCGCGAUGGCGGCGUUCCCCGGCGGGGCGCGGGCGCUGCGGUUGCUGCCGUUGCUGCUGCUGCUGCCGCUGCCGCUGGGAGGCCCGCGCGGUGGGGACGGCUACUUCCCCGAGGAGCGCUGGAGCCCCGAGUCCCCGCUGCAGGCGCCGCGCGUGCUCAUCGCGCUGCUGGCGCGGAACGCGGCGCCCGCGCUGCCGGCCACGCUGGGCGCCCUGGAGCGGCUGCGCCACCCGCGGGAGCGCACGGCGCUGUGGGUGGCCACGGAUCACAACGCUGACAACACUUCAGCCAUACUCCGAGAGUGGCUGGUGGCUGUGAAGGGUUUGUACCACUCUGUGGAGUGGCGACCAGCGGAGGAGCCCAGCUCCUACCCGGAUGAGGAGGGCCCCAAACACUGGUCUGACUCCCGGUAUGAGCACGUGAUGAAGUUGCGCCAGGCGGCCCUGAAGUCUGCUCGGGACAUGUGGGCUGAUUACAUCAUGUUUGUGGACAGCGACAACUUGAUCACCAACCCUGACACCCUGAGUCUUCUCAUCGCCGAGAACAAGACUGUGGUGGCCCCGAUGCUGGACUCCCGCGCAGCCUACUCCAACUUUUGGUGCGGAAUGACUUCCCAGGGCUACUACAAGCGCACCCCUGCGUACAUCCCCAUCCGAAAGCGGGACCGCCGCGGCUGCUUCGCGGUUCCCAUGGUGCACUCGACCUUCCUCAUCGACCUGCGGAAGGCUGCGUCCAGGAACCUGGCCUUCUACCCGCCACACCCUGACUACACCUGGUCAUUUGACGACAUCAUUGUCUUUGCCUUCUCCUGCAAGCAGGCGGAGGUGCAGAUGUAUGUGUGCAAUAAGGAGGUGUAUGGCUUCCUGCCCGUGCCACUGCGUGCACACAGCAGUCUGCAGGACGAAGCGGAGAGCUUCACGCAUGUGCAGCUGGAGGUCAUGGUGAAGCACCCGCCAGUGCAGCUGUCCCGAUUCAUCCCUGCACCCAGCAAGACUGCGGACAAGAUGGGCUUCGAUGAGGUCUUCAUGAUCAACCUGAAGAGGAGGCAGGACCGGCGAGAACGCAUGCUGAGGGCCCUGCAUGAGCAGGAGAUUGACUGCCAGCUGGUGGAGGCCGUGGAUGGCAAAGCCAUGAACACCAGCCAGGUGGAGGCCUUGGGCAUUCAGAUGCUGCCUGGCUACCAGGACCCCUACCAUGGGCGACCACUCACCAAAGGAGAGCUGGGCUGCUUUCUCAGCCACUACAACAUCUGGAAGGAGGUGGUCGACCGGGGACUACGGAAGUCACUCGUGUUUGAGGAUGACCUGCGAUUUGAGAUCUUCUUCAAGAGACGUCUGAAGAGCCUCAUGAGGGACGUGGAGCGCGAGGGGCUGGACUGGGACCUCAUCUAUGUGGGCCGGAAGCGCAUGCAGGUGGAGCACCCCGAAAAGGCUGUGCCCCGUGUGAGGAACCUGGUGGAGGCCGAUUACUCCUACUGGACACUCGCCUAUGUCAUCUCCCUGCAAGGAGCUCGCAAGCUGCUUGGCGCUAAGCCACUGUCCAAGAUGCUGCCUGUGGACGAGUUCCUGCCAGUCAUGUUUGACAAGCACCCAGUGUCGGAGUACAAGACUCACUUCUCUCCACGUAACCUGCGCGCAUUCUCCGUGGAGCCUCUGCUCGUCUACCCCACACACUACACAGGCGAUGACGGCUACGUGAGCGACACCGAGACCUCCGUCGUGUGGAAUAACGAGCAGGUUAAGACUGACUGGGACCGCGCCAAGUCCCAGAAGAUGCGUGAACAGCAGGCGCUGAGCCGCGAGGCCAAGAACUCAGAUGUGCUUCAGUCCCCGCUGGACAGCGCUGCUCGCGAUGAGCUCUGACGGAGGGCAAAAGCCAACGCGGCUGCCAGGGCCAGCCCUCACGUGCCUGCCUGGGGCACCACAGCACAGGGCUCUGCAGUAGCCAGUGUCCGUGUCUCAUUCAGCGGCCACUUGUACACAGGCAGUAUUAAUGGAGUGCUUACGGUAUGCAGGGCUGGUCUCUGGGAGACUGGGCAAGAAGGAACCCAGUCUGCUGUGUCCGUCCUGAAGGGAGGUUUCUUACUAGAGUGGCGAAAGGCAUAAUGAUCCCCUCAUGGGUGAUUGAUUUGAUCAUCAGGCGCUUAUCAGCCUGAGUCAGAUACUGCGCAUACAUGCUCAUUUUUAAAUCUGUUUGAGUCUUUAUUGAGGGCAUACUGGGUGUUGACCACCAUUUUUAGCUCUGGGAAUACUGAAAUAAGAAAAAAUUCAAUAGCUGGGUGUUGGUGGCGCAGGCCUUUAAUUCCAACACUCGGGAGGCAGAGGCAGGCGGAUCUCUGUGAGUUCGAGGCCAGCCUGGUCUACAAGAGCGAGUUCCAGGACAGCCUCCAAAACAAUACAGAGAAAUCCUGACUCGAAAAACAAAAAAAAAAAAAAGAAAGAAAAGAAUUCAAUAUAUCAAGUGCCUACUAAUGCCAGGUCCUGGGCGCCCCUGAGUUGAGCGCCAACUGUGUGUCACUCACUAGGUGCUGGGGUACAGAUCCCAGUGGCAUUCACCCCCACGUGCUGGGCUGCAUGCUGAGCGCAAGGACAGACCGCCAACAAAGCUGGUUUCUUCAGGUAGCAAGCGCUUAUUGAGCUCCUGUGUGUGCCUCAGGGACUCCCCGUUGAGUUGAGGAAUAGCCACGCUUCAACCUGCCUGGGAAGACAGCAUCUUCGGAAGACCUUGUCCUGAGGGGGGUUGCUCUCCUCACACUUGAUGGCUGAGUUGCACAGUACUCACGGCCUCACAAGUGCCCCUGCAGGGGGCGUGGUGGGGACUGGGACUCUUGCCCAUCCCCCGCUCCCAUAUCUCCUCCCUACCCUUGAGUCUCAGGUGGCCCCUGCCUGCUCGUGUGUGGGGGCCUUGAAGUGGCCCAGUUGCGUUGGGAUAUGCUCUUCUUUGCCUUACAGUGUGUCUCCCCGCAGGGCCAGGGGUCAUUGUGCCUUCAAAGCCAAACUGAAUGUCAGCAGGCAGCAGACGUGCGGGGACAGCUGCCUGCCUGCUCAGAUCUUGGUAACCUGCUCACGAUUGUAUUAAAUACUUGUGGUUGGUUUUCACUGAA